AGUGAAAACGACUGGCGCGAGUAAAUCGAUUCGAUCGAUUGAAAAAGUCGAAUCGAUUGAUUUCGAAUUUACGUUGAAAAAUUAGAACCGACGAGGUAUUUCGCAUGGAUAUUGUUCACGUUAAUUGUCUUGUGCAUUUAUUGAGUAUAAAUAGCUGUUGGAGAUAUGAUGGAAAACUAGUCGUGGAAAUUGUUCGCAUUUCCAAGUUUCUUGGGACAACAAGUUUCCUAAAGAUCGAGAAAAAAUGAAGACCAUCGUCAUCCUACUUUUCACACUAUGCAUCGUCUCUUAUAUGAUGGUUCGUUGUGACGAUAUAACACUGUGUUUGAAACAAGAGAAUCUUAAUCUUGAUGACAUUGAUUCCUUGCUCGAGGAUGAAAGUGAAAGAAUGCUGAGAAAGCGAGGGUGCAUCGAGGCCUGCCUUUUCCACAGAUUGGCUCUGAUGAACGAUAACGUCUUCGACGUGUCGAAAUUCGAUGUAUAUUUAAACGAUACAGAUAUGGAUAUGGAUCUGAAGGACAGUAUACGAAAAAUUAUACGCCAAUGUGUCGAUAAUGCUAAGAACGAGGAUAAGUGCUUGACCGCUCAAAAAUUUAGCAGAUGUGUCAUCGAUUACGUGAAAUUCCAUAUCACGCAAUACAUGAUCUCAAACGCAAACUCGAACACAACGAGCGAAGAAGAGAGCAGCGACAACUCUACUUGAUCUAUCAUACAAGAUAAAUUAAUCGUUGAAUAAAAAUUGUUAAUAAACUAACGAAUAUUCAAAUGAUCGA